AUGAACGGUGCGCGGUCGGAUUGCCCGGAGUUGGAUUGCGAGAAAGAGGGCCCUGGAUGUUUCCCGGUUCGAGGCGACGAUGAAGAAUGUUCAAAAUGCUCCUGCGAUGGGAAGCCAGCGGGCCCCAGCGUGUUCGAUCGAGUCGGGCGUGCCGUGGCUCCUGCGAAACCCCACGCGACAGCCAAGGACGAUCCUGACUCUCGUAACAAAGAAUGUCCAGCUUGCCCCGAAGGUUGCAUCACCAGCAUGUUCCAGGGAAAAUGUACCGGAUGCCUUUCGCCCGAAGACGCCGACGUGAAGUGCGAGUAGCUGUCAAAGUUUAUCUGGAAGAGCGUCGCAGUUGGCUCAGAUUACCCAUGAGCCCAGAAGUGGUGCACUCCUAAGGGCUUUCAUCUACGAGAGCGACAAGCACCGAUGUUUGUCUUAUGUCACCGACAACCUGAGAAACGCAGGGUUGUGGCGAGUCCCUGUCAUCUUAUGAUCGCUCCUCAGCCAAUAAGAUCGCCGCAUCAGCCGAUAAGAACACCGAACAGCCAAUCACCAAGUCAGAGACGUGAUCUUAACGGGACACACCUUGCGUUUGUUUAGCUGUAACGGGGCAUAGUAAAAAAAAAGAUCAAAGUUGCUUCUUUUGUCAUUCCCAUUAAUCUUUCGCUGUGCUGGAUGUCCACGGACAAGUUAUUUUAGCGGUAAUUUUGUGAAUUUGAAAUGUAAAGCCUUUUGCUAACAAUGUAUAUUUUGCGAGUAGUGUUUGGGCUUUUGGUGUUCGAGUGGGGUGAUGCCCGAUCAGUGGGUAUUAUGAAUAUGCAAAUAAAAUUCGGCAAUUAUUACCGCAUACUAAACGACAUAAGCACCGAUUUGGAAAGGUAAGAAAAGAAAAACCGCCGAUGAAGUGAGCAGCAAAAUACUCAUAUUAUGCUGCGUUUCAAAGCAUAGCCUCUGAUCUAUAUAGUGAUCCAUGUAAGGAUAAUUCGACCUUUUGGUGACGUAAAAUCAUUCAUGAUAAUAACAUUCCCUGGCCUUCCUCGGGUCUUUUGAAAGUUUAUUACGAAAACAUUUGUCAGUUUGAAGGUAACUGGAAUGUCUAGUCUCCACAAACGUUUUUG